AUGACCACCACUCAGAAAAUCAAGUCUCGGUUCCCCGACCUCAAUUUUGUCAAGCCUUUGCCGGUUGAGGCACACCCGAGGUACAAGCCCUUCAAUGUUCAAUUCGACCCCAAACGUGUCGUCCUGCCAAAGGGCCAUGCAAAAGAGGAGGGACGAAAGCAAAUGCUUGUCGAUUCCGUUGUUGACCGUGACACACCGAUCCCUUUACGAGAUGGGCUUCACGUGUACGCCGACAUCUACCGGCCAGUCUCUUCCGAUGAAACCAAUGUUCCCGUGGUGAUCUGCUGGAGCCCCUACGGGAAGUCAAGCAUUAGCCUUGAUGGUAUUUGGCAUCGGUCUGGAGUCCCCAGAGACUGGACGUCCGGAUAUGAGACAUUUGAAGGCUUGGAUCCUGCAGAUUGGUGCAGACGCGGCUAUGCGAUCGUGAAUGUCGACGCCCGUGGUGCUCAGUUUUCGGAAGGAACAUUCUUCUUCUGGGGCGAUCAAGAGGCCGAGGAUAUUUAUGACACCAUAGAGUACUUGUCAAAGCAGUCGUGGUGCAACGGCUCCGUCUGCAUGGGCGGCAAUUCGUACUUGGCAAAAGCCCAAGUCAGCUUCGCCUCGAGACUGUCUCAUCCCGCCUUGAAAGCACUGGCUCCUUGGGAAGGCUUCACCGAUAUUUAUCGUCAGCUGCUUCGUCGUGGUGGAUUUGCGAUGCACAAUACCUUCAUGUCAAAAUAUCAAUGGGGAGUUGCCGGGAACCAUGAAGUUGAAGACAUGACCCAAAUGGUGAAAACUCAUCCACUGUUCGACGAAUACUGGGCCGGAAAGUCUGACAAAGUUGAGAAGAUCAACGUGCCGAUGUAUUUGCUGGGAUCUUUUGCCAAUCCCUUCCACGUCUAUGGGUCCUUCGACACCUAUCGCCGCGCAGGUUCAACAAAGAAAUGGAUGCGCGUUCAUGCUAACUUCGAAUGGUAUGAGAUGUACGAACGCAACUCAAAUGAUGAUUUGCAACGUUUCUUUGACCGUUACUGCAAGGGAAUCAUGAAUGGCUGGGAACAUGACACGCCUUUCUUGCGUUUGUCUCUUCACGGAUGUGGAUCUGUUCCGAAUAUUGUGGAAAGACCAGAGACCGAGUUCCCGCUUCGUCGACAACAGUUGAAAACGUAUUAUCUCGACGCUUCCACCAAAUCACUAGAAACAUCCCCCCGGGACCGGGAAUCUUCUGUUUACCAUGAUGGGCACGGCCUGGAAGCUUCUACCUCCGAUUUUGUUCUGAAAUUCAAUGAGUAUACUGAAGUCGCCGGCUAUGCUAAGGUCCGUCUCUGGAUGUCCUGCGAACAAAGGGAUGAUAUGGAUGUUGUCGUUCAACUCCGGAAGAUUGAUAAUUCUGGCAAUCUUCUUGAGGGAGUUAACUUUCCUUGCCCCGUGCCAGAUAGUGAGGUGCCGGCUGCUGAAACCUCCAAGCUCUUUGGCCCUCAAGGAUUCCUUCGAGCCUCCUCGUCCGUCUCGCACGACCAGAUACGAUCCAGCUCAGAUGGACAGGAGGUCUUUUAUCGACACGAUCGAGAGGAAAAGAUUCCACCCGGAACGAUCGUUCCACUGGAUAUCACGUUGUGGCCCAUGGGCAUGGUUUUCGCCGCUGGGGAAGGAAUCCUGCUUCGAAUCGGAGGUCAUUUUCUGAGUGCGCCUUCGGUUCUAGUGAUGAAGCCUCAGGAGCCCGAGGAUGAAAAUGUUGGUCAACAUUACGUACACACGGGAGGAAAACACGAUUCGUGUGUUAUAAUUCCUGUGAUUGCAGGAAGCAGGUCGUAA